CAAAUUUCAGACAAAUGGCAGAACAUUCUAGUUGGUGGAAGAAAACAGAAGCUUAGUACGUGUCACAUUCUUUUUGAACUGCACGUGUCCAGUUCUCAGCAGUUAUAAUUUCACACCGCAAAAGCAAGAGCACACAGACCAUUCCGGUUCCUUCUCUCGCCCCCUCCAACUCUCCGGUUCAAAAAAUCUCGAUCGCCUCAUUCUCCAGUGUUUAGAAGGAUAGUGCGAACAAAAUGCAGAGGGAAGGGCAAGGUAGAAAUGAUUUAUUUGCUGCAGGUGAUCCUUUUGGUAAUUUCUCCCGAUUUGGCAUGAUUCCGAGCCUAUUUGGAGGGAGGGAUCCGUUUGAUGAUCCGUUCUUCACUCGCCCAUUCGGUAGCAUGUUGGAGUCUGGCAUGUCUGAUCCUCCAAGUUCUACUAGCAGGGAGGUAUCGCAGACCGAUAGAGCAAAGGCUUUAGUUAUAGAAGAAUUAUCGUCUGAUGACGAGGGUGAAAAAGAAGAUGCGCAAACUGGGGAUGAGAAGAGUGACUAUCAAAAGCACAUUGGUUCAAACAAAGAGCCAUCUGUUGAGCAUCCUGAUGAUUAUCCUGAUGAGAGGGAAAACAAGACUGUGAAUUGUAGGAGUGAUUAUAACCGGACCGAAGGAACAGAGCCAUGGGUCCGCAGUUCCAGUUUUCAGACUUGCAAGGUCACAUAUGGGGGUAUAGAUGGAGCAUAUUAUACUUCCACUAGGACCAGAAGGACAGGCAGUGAUGGAGUGGUGGUUGAGGAGAGCAAAGAAGCAGAUAAAACAACUGGUCAAGCAACACAUAGGAUCUCGAGAGGAAUAAACGAUAAGGGCCAUUCUGUUACAAGGAAGCUUAAUUCGGAUGGCAAGGUGGAUACAACACAAACUUUACACAACUUGAAUGAAGAUGAACUUACUGGUUUUGAAGAAACAUGGAAGCUUAAAGGACAGUUGCCAACUGGCUGGAGUGAUCAUUUUGAUAUGCAUGGCAAUAGAGGUUCUAGAGGCAGUGAGCAGAAGGGCAUGGGAUCCUGGAGAGUUUGGGCACUUCCAUCCACAAGGCAAGCCUGGAAUGCUGGAGGAAUGGAAUCAGCCCCCGAGCCUGGCACGAAUGCUUUAGGAGGAAGAACCAAAAAAGUUGUUAGGAUCAACAUAGAAUAAAUGAAAGAUACUUUAUAGUGGUCUUUUUUUACAUUUUGCGAAUACAUCAUCCGGGGCCCAUUUCUGUGUUGUCGCUUGUAUAUCAUUGCGGUUUGUGAAGGUUGUACAUAAAUAACAGCCAGAGACUGAUUUGUUUGUUGAAGGUUAUCGUGUUUUAGGCGGAUUGUUGCUGUCAUUGCAGCUUGUUUGGACAAGAAACAUUGAUAAAGUUCAUGCUAAACUCUCUUAUAUGUGCUCAAA